UUUGACAAUCAGCUGGUAAAAGAGGGGAGCGAAAGGUUGAGCGCUUGUGGUGUAUUUUGUAGUUCAUGUCCUCAAGAGAUUCGUUGCAGUUGUAGCUAUGGCGUGUUUAAGUCCGAGUAGGCUCUGUGUUCGUGUUCAAGAUAAGUUAAUGUGUCAAUUCGGACAAAAAGUUCGAAACCAAACUGUAUUUGUGAAACUCAAACCUCCCGGACCAGCUCCCUUGCGGAUAUUUGGAAAGACAUGUCAGAGAGUGACCACAUGCGGCCCAGUCUGCGGCUCAGCCGGCUCCACGCCAGCUCACAUCAGGCGGCUGGCGUCCAACCUGCAGAGCACCAGCACAGGCUCACUGCCGGAUUACGGCACCCAGAUCGUUGACCCCUAUCGUCUGCUCGAAGACGACCUGAAUGGAAUAUACGAGGAGAUACGAUCGGAGCUGAGGCGCAACACAAACCAACCAGAACUGAACACCAUAGCUACAUACUACUUCGACGGCCAGGGCAAGGCGCUCAGGCCGAUGGUUGCCAUACUCAUGGCGAAAGCGGUCAACUACCAUGUAUACGGUGAAAACAGUGCGCUGCUCCAAUCCCAGCGGCAGGUGUCCAUGAUCAGCGAGAUGAUCCACUCGGCGUCGCUCAUCCACGACGACGUCAUCGACCAGAGCGACUUCCGCCGCGGCAAGCCCUCCGUCAACGUGCUCUGGAACCACAAGAAGGUGGCGAUGGCCGGCGACUUCAUCCUCGCCGUGGCGUCGAUGAUGAUAGCUCGCCUGCGGAGCGACGAGGUCACGCUGGUGCUCAGCCAGGUGGUGACGGACCUGGUGCAGGGCGAGUUCAUGCAGCUGGGCAGCAAGGAGACGGAGAACGAGCGGUUCGCGCACUACCUCACCAAGACCUACCGCAAAACCGCCUCGCUCAUCGCCAACUCCGUUAAGGCGGUGGCUCUGUUAAGCGGCGCGGACUCUGACACCUGCGAGCUGGCAUUCCAGUACGGCCGCAACCUGGGGCUGUCGUUCCAGCUGGUGGACGACCUGCUGGACUUCGUGUCUAGCUCGCAGACCAUGGGCAAGCCCACCGCCGCUGACCUCAAACUGGGGCUAGCUACUGCGCCAGUCCUGUUCGCCUGUGAAAAGUAUCCAGAGCUGAAUCCGAUGAUAAUGAGGCGGUUCCAGGAACCGGGAGAUGUGGAAAAAGCCUUCGAGCUGGUCCACAAGUCUCGGGGACUCGAGCAGACGAGGUUCCUCGCGCGCAAACAUGGCCUAGAGGCCGCGAGGCUGGCCUCGGAGCUCGCGGACAGCCCUUACCAAAAGGGGCUAGUGGUAACCACUGAUCUAGUACUCAACAGGAUUAAGUAAAACAUCCACGGCUCACGUAUUAGUUUGUACAUUAUCGACUAAAAAUCGAUUAACGUAUUCGAUUCAACAUCGACAUAAAAUGCUGGUUUUCGGCCACUGAUCACUCGAGAGGAUUAAGUAGAUUUAGAAUGGCAUCCACGGUUCGUCACGUACUAGUUACGUACCCAUUAAAAUCGAUGUUUCAUUUAUCGAUUGAAUAUAGAUUCUAGUUUAAAAUGCGAUAGCCUGACCGGAAGGGCGUAGUGGUGACCACUGAUCUAGUACUCAACAGGAUUAAAUAGAUAAACGACAGAAAGGAUUCCACGGUUCUUCAUACUAGUUACGUAAAUGUUGGAUAUAAAAUCGAUAUUUUAUUAUAAUAUGUAGUAUCGAUUUAACAUCGAUGUUCUUCGAUUACGUAGUAUCGAUUGAAUAUCGAUUUUAAUUAAAAUGCAGGUUUUACGCUUUCGAUGUCGAUUUUUUAGAUGCCAGCGUCUAUUUAAAGUUGAAGCUUGCAAGCGUUUGCUAAAAACUUGGACGGUUUUUAGUUUUCCUCGACUUAAACGAUAGAGUUUCCGAUUUUUCCAGUACUAUGCGCAGCGCGUAUACACUAGAAGCACUUUAUUCGCGUCAUCUAUAGCCUUUAUCAUUAAAGGUGAGCUAAGUAUCGAGCGGCGAACAGAAUAUUGGAUUCCUUUUUGCAAAUGUCACGUUUGAUGUGUGUGUGUGUGUGCGUUUGUGUGUGUGUUGCUUGUGAGGCGUAUCGUAGAUAUUUUACAGCUAGUAAAAUAGAUCCGGACAGUGAAAUAAGGUGGAAAUAAUAAAGUUGACAGGAAACUUUUCGGUGAAGUUGGAAGAAAUAAAUUAAACGAUAGUUUAUUUUUUUCAACUCUUAUUAGUUACGGUUCAAAACCAAAAAGUAUCCGGUCGAUUUUAUUACGUGUGUUUUUAUGUUUUAAUACUUUUAUUUAUUUUUAUUUAACUUAGUUUUACGCUGCAACGUCUCUUUACUUUUGCGACCUGAUUUAUUUUAAGUUUCCGUUUUAUUGUAAUCUAUCUACGAACACAAAGAAAUAUAGUGUAAGGCGUGCGAGCGACUACUCGUUACCAAAUAGUGUUGCACGAGCGUACCGCUCAGGAACAUCGAUAUUAUACGCAACAGACUUUGUUUGAAUUUAUUUGUAUAUAGCAUGUAUUUUCUUCUCUUCUUCUAUCUGUGCAAUGAUGUAGGUGUAGGUUUGUGAAGUACCUGGGUAGGUAUGCACAUUUAUCGUUUACAAAAAAUAUAUAAUCGAAAAUUAUAAAACUUUAAAAUUGUUACACUCGUAUUCUGUGUAAAUAUUGAGAGUCAUUGGAUGAGUUACCCGUGAUUUAUCUUCGAAACCGAUUACCUCAAUUUCUUUAGUAUAUACAUGUGUGAGUCGGUGUGUAUGUUCUUACGUUAUUGUAAAAUUUGUUAGAUUACGAGUAUGCACAAUAUAUAGAGUAGGCGGAUCGCCCCGUAGAAUCGUUAAAAGUAUGGCAAUUUUAUAGCUAAUUAUAAUUUACUGUUGUAAAUAAUAUAAUAUUUGAUGUAUUGAUGUAAUACACAUACGCUGAUAAUAAUAUUAAUCAGUAUGUUAUGUAAGAUAAUUUUUAAUGAAAUAUAUCGAUACUGUCCACGGAACAACACUAGUUUGCCAUUUAAGAGAUUAACUCAGAUGCAAAGUUACACUCUAUAGUAACAAUAACUAAAAGUAUUUCUGUACGUCUGUUAAGGUUCUAUAAAAUUUAAACGCUGUUGUGUGUUAAAAGAUGUUUAUAAUGGAAGUUAUAUUCUUUGUACAUUUCAUAAUAACGGGAGUCAAUGAUUUUUUAUUUAUGUAUGUAGUCUUGUAUUUAGUUUAAUGUUUGUAAAUAUUACGUCUUUGUAAAAUGAUAAAUCAUGAAUAAUUUUAUAAAUAUUAGUUACA